UUAAAUUUAUCACUUGUUAAUGCUAGUUGAAUUUCAAGGGUCUAACAAUCAAGUUGUUUCCAUAGCAACAAGACACGCCUUCGCUGUCUUGCAACAGUUAUUGCGCGCUUGCUGUGAUCGAACAUGCAGGGAACGCGAGGCUACGUAUCGCGAACAGUCUGAUGUGAUUAGAAUCUAUUUUAGCGUUCAAGUUCGUUUUGACGAGUUUCUCUACCUCGGGGUGUUCAACUUUUGUUUGGAAAAGAUGUCAAAUACGCUCGUCAGCGUAACGGAGUUUUGUCACCUUAAUAGAAGAAGAAGGCUCGUAAUGUUGUCCAUACUGUCUUCGCGCAACGGUCGAGUGCGCCGGAAGUUGUUGGCAAGUUGCAAGGUUGGUUGGAAACAUGCAAGUGAGCUAGACGAGGAAGGAAUACCGGAAGUGCAGUGUUACCGGAAGUGCAGGGUUACUUAAGAAUGCACGUCGAUUUGAAGGUGAAGCCAGGAGUUUUAAGUAUUGUCACUUUGCAGACGUAGCAAUUGAUGAUGAAAUGAAAUUGUAAAGGGAAGAAUUAAUAGAAAUAAAUUUUUUUCGUAAAAUCUAUCUGCCUAGGGUGUCAAGCCCUUUACUAUUGGUUAUGUAUGAUUAAUUAAUUAAACGGCUAUAGUGAAGGGCGUAGUAAAGCAGAAUUUGAUGAUACAAGAUGGACAGAUAUGUAUAUAACUUUUAAUUAAUAAUAUACUCAACACUUACUA